UCUGAUGACGUCAUAAACGCGAGACGGAUCUGGACGCAAAUAGAAAUAAACCGUCGCAGUCAGCUAGCUACAUGUUCCCGUUAAAUAUGAGUAGCGGCUCUGUAAAGGUUACUGUGGUAUUUUGAGGGUGACAAUGAUUUCAGUGAGCUAUAUUCUGUUGUGCGGGCAGCUUCUCCUGCUACUGACGGUGAUACUGUUACAAUGUCUGGAAGGAAUUCACUCCCAGAACUCGACGACAGCGGAGACACCCGCCACUGUCCCCGGUGAGGGAGCCACAACGCUCCCGUCCACCAAGCAGCCGCCCGUAGUCGUGAAAGAUGACAUAUCGGCGGAGAGUGCGAAUAAUACAGAGGCCUACGAGUACAGACCCCCAUCACCCGUCGUCCUCUGCAGCUAUCUACCGGAGGAGUUCAUCUACUGUCAAGACCCUGUAGAUCAUGCAGGCAACUACAGCGCCUAUCAGGAGAUGGGCCAUGGUUGUGUUGUGUGGGGUGGUCAGACUGAGAGGGAGGUGAACCACACAGAAGUUAUGUGCACUGCACUGGAUGAUAUCGAGUGUGCCGGGCCCAGAGACUUCCUCAGAGGGGACGUACCCUGCAUCAAUCAACAUUGUAGCGGGUGGAUGAAAGAAAGGCCAGAUGGAGGUGGUGGAGGAGAGGUGAUGGGCAGAAACAGGCCAGCAGGUACACCGGACACUAUUUCAUCACCACUCUGCUGUACUCCUUCUUCCUGGGUUGUUUCGGGGUUGAUCGUUUCUGCCUGGGCCACACCGGCACCGCUGUGGGGAAGCUGCUCACCCUGGGAGGACUGGGAAUCUGGUGGUUCGUGGACUUGAUCCUGCUCAUCACUGGCGGCCUGAUGCCCAGCGAUAACAGCAACUGGUGCACCUAUUACUGACAAGGAACAGCAAGAGUCUGAGCACAGACGUUAUCAGUUGCAUAUUGAGGACUGUAGGAUCUUGCCUCAGCCUGCCGUGGUAAUGAAUCUGUGGGCUGGCUUGUUCUGAGGGGAUUUAUAGCUGUGCUGUGCAAAGUGGAGUCCAGUGAGCUCUUCAGGGCUCCAACAAGCUUCCCAGGGGCUCCUAAGUAAAACGAGGAAUAAUUUGAUUUCAUUCUAAUUUAAUUGACUUGGAAUUUUCCACUCUGAGAAUGUAUGAGAAUGACUGUUAUACUCAGAGCGUUCACCAGAGCGACAGUGAAGACCGUUGUUGUGCUUCUUAGUGCUAAAUUGUCAGCUAAGGUCACUUUCACACAUGUAGUUCAGUUCAAAAUGCUCAAAAUGUUGCCUUUUAUUUGUGAUGUGCGUCACAUUCAUACCGACUCACCACAAAUGAACCAAGAGGAGUAAACAUGGAGUCAUACAGACUGACAGACACAUUGAUUGGACAGUUUUGGUGAUGUCAUCCUGCAUCAUUAGCAUUACAUGGACACCCAUUGGGGAAUCAAAAUCUGGUGAAAAUUCUCACACUCGCACGGUGACGCACAUAUGUGUUACUGUGGUUACCGAAUGAUUUGCAUAGAUGUAUGCAUCUCCUGUACAGAUUACCUCCAUGACAGUGGACGAUCAAUCUUCUACUUGUUCACUUUACUUGCACAUCACCAAGUCAUACCUGCUCCUCAGCUUUUUAAUUAAAGGUGCACAUGUGCCUCUGAAAAACCCAGUUUCCCCUGUUGUGAUGGAGAGAAGGAAUCCAAAGUGUCUCAUGUUGUGUUUAUCAGUGUUCACAGUCACAGUGUCCUUUUGAACCUGAACAUCAUUUGGUUCAUUUAGGCCGGUAUGAAAUCUGUCAAUCAAACUCUGGUGCGGACUAAAUAAGAAAAGGAGGCUUUUGAUCCAGUUCCAAACUGAGUCUGGUGCCUUUUUGUUUACGGUGUGAAAGCGAAGCAGACCGACCGCAAGAUUUAGUGAUGAUGGAUACGUGAUUUUUAGCACACAUUCAAAAGCUGAUCUGCUGAUGGCCAGCUGUCAAGGACCCAUUAUAUAACCGCGCUGUGUAAGCAGCACCAGAUAAUUUAGUAACCGUGAUGAGAGCGAGAGUUUUUCCUGAUUCAUCAGAAAGUGAAAGGAAGUUAAAACAGUUGUGUUGAGCUUGUGUUCUUGUGCCAAAGUGAGUGAGAAGAGUGAAACAGAGAGACUACACAGUAACCAUCCCCCCCCCCCCCCCCCCCCCAUACAUAACAACACUGUUAUCACUGACAUGGGAAGCCCAGGAGCAGUAAUGGGCAUACUAGUAACAUAAAUAAACAACAUAAGGUUGCUGCUAUUGGUCACUGAAGUGUCUGUGUGAUGCUGAUGAUGCAGGAUGAAGGAGUUACCUGUCAGUCCAUCGAGACCUCAAGACCAGAAGACUGAAGCAGAGCUGAAAGGAAACAACUGAUCCUGAUCCAAGCGUCAGAGCUUUCACAUGCUGGAAAGUUCAAGGAUUCGAGGAAUGUCUUGCAGGAAAUUAACUUUCAGACUCAAUUUCAUUUCACGUGUCCUUCACACACCGUAGUGGUGAACAUGAUAUCGCACGCUGACCAAGAAUCCUUCGUUCCAGUAGAAAACCGAGCAGUGAUAGUAGAACCGUACGGCCGUGUCCUGCAGGCAACAUCCUACACCGAGUUAUUAUCAGAGCUUUGCCUCUUCAGAUUACUUAAAACCUCAGCUUUGACCCUUCGCUGUCCUCUUCCUCUGGAGGUGGUCUGAAUCCUGUAUUUUCUCUGCUCCUUUAAUGGCUUUCAACAGUACUUAGACUGAUUAACAUUACAGCUUCAGGCAUGUAUGAACACAACUGAAGACGGAUAGAGUUCACACAGAUCACGCUGGUUCGGUGAUGAUUUAGUGUUUUUUUUACUGUUGAGGAAGAUUUUAAAACAGGGCUCAGCUGAUACGUCUGUGCUGUGUGGGAACAUUUCCCGCCUUUGCACUCAGGUGUUCAAAUGUCUCAAACUAAAACAAAUUUUGAUCUUCAUUGACUUUUUUUUUCCUGCGCGACUCAGGUCUCACAUUAAAAACAUUCAAAUCUUCCACUUUGUUAAAUUCCUGGUCUUUAUCUGAACGGAAGGUUUAUGUACUCCUCCAUAGACGGAGCAGCUUUCAUUACCUAAGGAUCCAUAAAACCCUUUUUUUAGGUGUCGUCAUAAAAAGUUGAAGAAGACACGAUGGUGAACGUGUCGACUGUUCUCAUCCAGCAGCAGCAGCAGCAGUAUGCUUUCAGGAGGUAAUAUAUUUUCAGCUGGCUAAACAUCUUUUGUAGAGGGAAGCAUUAAAACACUGCUUUACAUAGUCCACUUAAUUCACAAUAUGGUGGUUCAUUUGCUGUCUUACACACCUUAAAUCUGAAUGUACGUCUUCAUUUCACACUUCAAUCUGAGUCCAGUUGUGCAGAAUUGCCCCAGAGUAUAAGUAGAAAGACGUACUGUGUUAAUACUUGUUUUGAGAAUCUUCUGGAGUCUCUUGGCUUUGUAAGAUACUGUAUAUAAUACUGAAGCUUUUAUAUUCUUUAACUGUACUAUUUAUUUAUUUGCCUCGUCUGUGAAUGUGUUGUCGUACACUUCCUUGAGUUUUAUGUUGAUUUGACAAUGAUUAGCAAUCGGUCAAUGAAUGCUGUUAAUUAAAACAUUAAAAACGUAUAAAAGUGUUUAUUCCAGAUUGUUCUACCGUCGAUCUUUCUGGGCUCUUUUAAAGCUGCAUAUGUGCUCCUGCAAAAACUCCCAAUCCAAGGUGUCUUGUGUUGUAUUUAUCACUGUUCACCAUCAUCAUGAGUCAAUAAAAAGUAUCUGGAA